AUGGAUGGACUGGAUGUUAAAAGUUCACCGAGCGCCAUUCUUUCACACUGUAAAGACCACCAUGGCGCGGUACAACCAGAGGUGUACAGCAACUACGAGCCCGUCCCGUUCCCGAUCGCAAUUGUUGGCAUGUCGAUGAGGCUUCCUGGCGGUGUGAAUGGUGAGAGGGAGCUCUGGGACUUAUUGAUCAACAAACGCGAUGGCCGUUGCAUAGUUCCCCAGGACCGAUACAAUAUUGAAGCAUUCUACGAUGAGACUCGUCCUGGUGCGAUUCGGACCCAGCACGGCUACUUCCUUCAGCAAGAUAUAUCGCAGGUUGAUGCUGGAUUCUUCGGUAUGAGCAAGCUAGAAGCCGGAAAACUCGACCCACAACAACGAAUAUUGCUUGAGGUUGUAUGGGAAUGUUUGGAAAAUGGGGGUCAACUCCCAUCCCAAUGCCGUGGAAAGGACAUUGGAUGUUAUGUUGGAGUGUUUGGUGAAGACUGGUUGGAUUUGAUGAGCAAGGACACCCAGGCCAUCGAUCGGUUCAGGGUCGUCAGCGCGGCGGAUUUCGCCCUUUCGAACCGAAUAUCCUACGAGUAUGAUCUGCGGGGCCCCAGUAUCACAUUUCGCACUGGUUGCUCUGCGGCCCUUGUAGGUCUACACGAUGCGUGUCAGGCACUAUACACAGGCGAAUGUUCGUCGGCGUUGGUGGCAGGGACCAACUUGAUCAUCACACCAACGACCACUAACGCCGUCUCGGAGACUAUGGCACUUUCUCCAGAUGGAAUUUCGAAAACUUUUGAUGCUUCUGCAGAUGGCUAUGGAAGAGGAGAAGCUGUAAAUGCAAUCUACAUCAAGCCGUUACAUGCAUGCCUCAGGGAUGGGGAUCCCGUUCGCGCUGUGAUACGAUCUACAGCGGUCAAUUGCGACGGCAAGACACCUAGCAUAACAACUCCAGGGUCGCAAGCACAGGAAGCACUCAUCAGAAAAGCUUAUCAGAAAGCAGGAAUUUCUGAUAUCAGUAAAACAGCGUUCUUCGAGUGUCACGGAACGGGCACAAUCGUUGGCGACACAGCUGAAACAACUGUAAUUGCCAAUGUAUUUGGUCACGAAGGCAUACAUAUUGGAGCGGUGAAACCAAACUUGGGCCAUUCAGAAGGCGCUUCUGGAAUCACCAGUGUGAUCAAGAGCGUACUCGCGCUCGAGCACAGGAUCCUUCCUCCCAAUAUACAUUUCAAUACCCCAAAUCCUAACAUCCCUUUCAAAGAAGCAAAGUUGCAAGUGCCUGUGGAUCCAACACCUUGGCCGGCAGGUAGAUGUGAGAGGAUCAGCGUCAAUUCAUUCGGUAUAGGGGGUACCAAUGCACAUGUUGUCUUGGAUUCUGCCCUCUCUGUAGGUGCAGUAUCCCAGUCUGGGGUAGCAUCCGACGAGAGACCAGGCGCACCACACCUUCUGCUCACCUCUGCCAAGUCGGCCGCAUCACUGGAUGGCAAUAUCAAAAUAAUCAGCGAUUAUCUACAUGACGCCCCAACUGCUGCUGCAGAUCUUGCAUAUACACUGGUGUUUAAACGAGAGCACAUGCAACACCGAGCCUUUGCCAUCGUGGAAAAAGAUGGAACGAUUUCGACAUUCGAGAAAGCGCGUGCAAUCAACCCGCAGAUCUGCUUCGUCUUCACCGGACAAGGCGCACAGUGGCCAGGCAUGGGGCGAGAGAUGAUCCUGAGCUCUGAGAAGUUCCGGUCAGUCAUACAAGAACUAGAUAAGGAAUUACAGAGACUGGAAUCUCCACCGGAUUGGAGUAUCGAAGAGGAACUAACGCAUACUGACGAUAAAAGCCGAUUUCAGGAGGCUAAGUUCGCACAACCCCUUUGUACCGCCAUCCAGGUGGCCCUGGUGGACUUCCUCCGGGAGCUGGGGGUCGUGCCGUCCAUUGUGGUAGGACAUUCGAGUGGCGAAAUUGCCGCGGCGUAUGCUUCAGGAGCAAUUACCGCCGCCUCUGCAAUCAAGAUCGCAUAUUUUCGUGGACUGGCUAUGGAGUCAGCAAAAGGAAAUGGCGCUAUGGCAGCAGUCGGUUUGGGACGUGCUGAAACAGAGAACUAUCUCAAGAGUGGCGUGGUUGUGGCGUGCGAGAACAGCCCUGAAAGUGUGACCAUCUCUGGAGACGAGCAAGCGGUCGAUGAAAUGUUGAAAGACAUACAAGCACAAGGCGAGGUGUUCUGCCGACGUCUUGCAGUUAAUGUGGCUUACCAUUCACACCACAUGAAUGAGGUGGGAGAACUAUUCGAGUCACUACUUUCGGAAAUUUGUUUCAAUGAAUCUAUGACUCCACUAGUAUCCACGGUUACAAACGAAACUAUCUCUGACCCUUGCGCUCUGAGUCCCUCAUACUGGAGAAAAAAUGUCGAAAAUCCAGUCAUGUUCAGCACGGCACUGAGCAAGAUAUUGUGUGAUGAUGAAAAGGCUCUAGCGUUUGUUGAAAUUGGACCACACUCGGUGCUCUCUGGCCCCUUGCGGCAAAUCAUCGCCGGUACAAAUUCCAAGCGAAGCUGCUCAUACACACCAACCCUUAUUCGAAAUGAGGACCAAUGGAGAUGCUUGAUGAGCACGGCUGGGCAGUUGUACGCCCAGGGAAUUUCUCUGGACCUAUCAUCGUUAGUCCGUCCUGCAGCCACAGUGACAGACCUUGCUCCCUACUCGUGGGAUCAUAAUGAAUCCUUCUGGAGUGAGACCCGUCUAACGAGGGACUGGAGGCUUCGGUCAGCUCCCCACCACGAGCUGUUAGGAAGUCGAGCUCUGGAGUCGAGCGACUUGGAACCCGUAUGGCGGAAUAUGUUACAAGCUGAAAAUGUACCGUGGCUAUUGGAACAUAAAAUAGGGGGAGAGGUCGUCUUUCCAGGUGCCGGAUACGUGGCAAUGGUUGGGGAGGCUAUGCGUCAGAUUUCUCAGGUUCCCGAAUAUUCGGUGAAAAAUGUGUUUAUGCGAGCUGCUUUGGUGCUGAAAGAGGAGAAAUUGCAGCACGUUGAGAUCAUCACGAGCCUUCGACCGGUGAAACUGACCGACAGUUUAGACUCCGGUUGGUACGACUUUACAAUCACUGCAUAUAACGAAGGCGAGUGGAAGAAGCAUUGCGUCGGCCAGGUGCGGGCAGAGCGAGAUGGCUUCAGUCAUGAAGAUGGCACAGUAUCUCCAUACUCACGUGAGGUGCCGGCCAAGGAAUGGUACGACGCUUUGGAGAAGCGAGGACUGGAGUACGGCCCCAAUUUUCGCGGGCUUCGAGACAUUACCGCAAGCCCUACAACCACCGAGGCCGCAGCGACGCUAUAUGAGCCUACCGCGCUAACCGGUAGUUGCUAUGCUCUCCAUCCUGUCGUGAUAGACCAAUGUCUCCAGCUGUUGAGUGUAGCAGGAGCCAAAGGAAUUCAGCGUUCCAUGACUCAAUUGUGCAUCCCCACCGCUAUUGAGAGUCUAUACGUUGCGCCUGGACAAGAGGUGAUGUCCUUGAAAUCAACAUGCGAUGCAGCUGGAAACACGUUCACUGGGGAUGCUUUAUUGCUUGCGGGUGAAAAGCCUGUGCUUUCUUUGAGGCGUUGCUUCUUCUUUGGAAUCAGUGAGUCCGCGAUCAACGAUGAAAAUGGCGCGUCCGCCGCAACUUUGCACUGGAAGCCUCAUCUAGAUUUUUUACCACUAGAAAGCCUAAUCCCACCAAUCCCAGCCGACAUAGAUCGCGGGCGAAUGGCUGUGGAGUUGACGAACUUAUUCAUAUUGGAGGCAUACCACCGGACAAGGUCAUCCAGACCAACAAAGGAGCACCUCAAAAAGUACCACAAUUGGUUGCUCUCCCAGUACGAAAGGAUAAAGAGCGAAGACCCCAGCCUUGUAUUCGAAAUGGAUAAGUCUGGCUCCAAUCCCGAAGGGUAUCUGUCGCAGAUCGAAGAGUUCGGCGAAAGCAUCGAGCAUUCUUUGGUGAGCAGUGUAUAUACUGCCGGUUAUGAGAUGUUGUCACAUAUUGCAGGCAUUUUAGAUGACAGCCUCGACGCCCUUGAGAUUAUUAGCGGAAGUGAUGCGGUCAGUAGUAUGUAUCAGGAGUCCUCUCGUCUAUGUCCGGCGGAGAAUUUCCUGUCACUGCUCAGCCAUUCCCGACCAACACUCAGAGUCCUGGAGGUUGGUGCAGGGACAGGCGGCGCCACCUCGGCAGUUCUCGAUGCCCUUUAUGAUGCAACAAAGCACGAGGGUCCUUUGUACUCCAGCUAUACAUUCACUGAUAUUUCAGCUGGAUUUUUCGCAAAAGCAAAAGAGCACUUUAGGACCUUCCCUGGUAUGAUAUACGAGACGUUCGACAUAUCCAAGGACCCUGAGGACCAAGGCUUUGCCGUAGAGGGCUAUGACUUGAUCAUCGCUUCAAAUGUUGUUCAUGCUACCCCAAGAAUAUCGACCUCGCUUCGCAACCUGAACAAACUUCUGGCUCCAGGGGGGUGGCUUUUCCUCACAGAGCUCUGUCCCGGACUCCCCAUGAUCAAUUUCAUCAUGGGUACCCUCCCAGGCUGGUGGAAUGCAGAGGAUUCAAGGGAGACACCAGUGGUUCCUGUCUCACGAUGGCAUCAAGAGCUCCUGGAUGCGGGAUUCACUGGUGUGGAUAUUGUCCGCUACGACAACGAAUCACCAUUCGAGACCAAUGCUUAUAUCCUGUCACGGCGACCUGAGGCCAGGGCAUCUCUCGAUAAAGAGAUUGGCUUCCUUCAUAAUGGCAACGUCCCUAGUUUGGCAUACACACUUGCACAGGCUUUCACACACCAAGGAGUCAGGGUCACUUGGUUGACCCUGAAGGACUUGCCCUCUUCGAUAACGGACGUUAUAUCAUUUCUUGACCUAGAUAGUCCCUUUUUGGACAGUCUUUCAGAGGAUGGAUUCAGUGCCUUUCAACGCUUUCUGUCUCGUGUCAAAGGCCACUGCCUGUGGCUGAUGCCCCCCGUUCAUUUUGGCGGAAGAGAUUCAGACCCUAGAUUUGGCCUAACACUGGGAUUAAUGCGAACGGUAAGAAAAGAGAUCUCUACAAAUUUUGCAACGCUUGAACUCGAGCAGAAUGAAUCUGGUGCAGCAGAGAAGAUUGCGCUUGUAUUCGAAAGAAUCUGUCGACAAUCAGGCAAGAACCCGAUUAAUGAGGACUACGAGUUUGCCCUUAAAGAUGGAGCAGUUCAUGUCGGUCGAUUUCACUUCCAAUUUCUCCACCAAAUGAUGGCUGCCGAUGAUAGCUUCGAGCAGAGAUCUUUAGAUAUUGGGUGCUUUGGUAUCUUUGAUUCUCUGACUUGGGCCCUGGAUGGGCGUGUGGGACAGCUUGGGGAACACGACAUAGAAGUGGAUAUCCGCUUUGUGGGGCUCAAUUUCAGAGACAUCAUGAUAUCGAUGGGAUUGAUGGGAGAAACUUCCGAGAUCGGACUUGAAGCGGCCGGUAUUGUCCGCAAUGUGGGAUCAGGGGUACAGAAUAUUCAAGUAGGAGAUAAGGUCUCAAUUUUCGGAAAGGGCUUAAUGGGAACUCGAAAAAUAGUGCCCGCAGAGACUUGUCUUGUGCUCCCGGAAGGAUUGUCCCUCGAAGAUGCAGCAGCAGGUCCCUGCGUAUUCUCCACCGCUCUCUACUCGUUGGUGAAGUGCGGAAAUCUACAAAAAGGGCAGACAGUUCUGAUCCACAGCGCGUGCGGCGGUGUCGGCUUGGCCGCAAUUCAGAUAUGCCAGGCAAUUGGAGCCGAGAUAUUCGCCACGGUUGGAAGCAAAGAGAAGAGAAAACAUCUUAUGGAAGAGUUCAACCUUCCCGAGGAUCAUAUAUUUGAUUCGAGGAGCGUUAGCUUCCAUAGGGAUGUGAUGAAGGCGACCGGUAAUAGAGGAGUGGAUCUCGUUCUGAACUCUCUUUCCGGCGAAUUAUUGCAUGCCUCUUGGAAGUGUGUUGCCCCCAUGGGCAAAAUGAUUGAGUUGGGUAAGCGUGACUUCCUCGGUCAUGGUAAGCUGGAUAUGGACCUCUUCAUGGGAAACCGAACCUUCAUUGGUGUGGAUCUUCUCCAAAUUGGCGAGCAGAACCCUGAGGUUAUUCGAAGCUUAGUGCAGCAAUUCGCUCAUUCUAUCGAACAAGGGAAGCUCCGUCCUAUCCAGCCUGUUACUGUUUUCAAGGCGUCCGAUAUUGCUAAAGCAUUUAGGCAUAUGCAGACUGGCAAACACAUGGGCAAGAUUCUGGUGGAAAUUCCAGAAAAACCAUCUGAUUUACAGGUGUCUAAGCUGCAGGCUAAAGGGGCCCUGUUCCGCAGUGAUGCUUCUUACUUGUUGGUUGGUGGGCUUGGAGGUCUCGGGCGUGCAGUGGCAAGAUGGAUGGUGGAGAAGGGCGCCCGGCAUUUGCUAUUCAUGUCCCGGUCUGGCUUGGAGACAACCAAGGCUCGAGAAUUUGUCCUGGAUAUGGAAUCUCAGGAGAAUUGUCACAUUCAGGUAGUGACAGGUGAUGUCACCAAUAUCAACGAUGUUGAACGGGCCGUAUCUGCCGCGGUACGGCCUAUAGCGGGAAUUAUGCAAUUGUCCAUGGUGCUACGAGAUCAAACGUUAGAUAAAUUGGCAUACGAGGAGUGGACUGAGGCACUAGCUCCGAAGGUCCAAGGCACGUGGAAUAUUCAUCACGCAACGCAAAAUUGCUCCUUGGAUUUCUUCGCUCUACUUAGCUCAGUCUCUGGUACUGCCGGUCAUACAGGACAAGCAAAUUAUGCGGCUGCCAAUACCUUCUUGAACGCUUUUGUCACUUAUCGUCACUCCAAAGGGCUACAAGCUAGUGUACUCGAUAUUGGCUUUAUGGGAGAUAUUGGAGUUGUCGCUGAAACAUCCCAUAAAAUUAGGGAAAUGGUGGAAAUGAGCUCAUGGGAAGUGCUGGAAGAGCCUGAUUUACUCAAGGCCCUGGAAAUACAAAUCAUGCGAGGUGCUCCCCACCUUUGCAUAGGAAUGGGAACAACGAAACCAGUAUCACAGAUCGAGAACGGCAGCACAUUUGGGCAAGAUGCACGCUUCCUGGCGUGGCAUAACAUGCUAACUGCGUCGGAAGGUGGGAGAGCUAAUCAGGAUAACGAGCUCAAAACGUUGGUCAACGCGGUCAAGCGCGACCCCUCUCUUCUCUACGAUCCAGCUACUGAGACCAAGAUUACGCUCGAAAUCGGUCGAAUGGUUGCCUCGAACAUGUCCUAUCCCGAUGACAUGCCGUAUGAGGAGCUAUGUGAGAUUGCAAUUGAUUCGUUGAUGACCAUCGAGAUACGUAGCUGGUUCCGGCGAAAUGUCGGCGUUGAGGUAUCACUCGCUCAGAUAUCGAAGGCACAAAACGUCAAAGGACUCGGCGCGAUUACCAUGCAGGUCCUCCGUGAGAAGCACAAGUCCGGGGAGCUUGAGAACGCGAAGGGGUCUCUUGUCGGUAACGGCAAAGACGAUGUUGAUGAGAGCGUGCUCUAUCGGGCGGACUUGGAGUUGGCUAAGUCUCUAGAGCCAAUAUCAGAGCACGUUCCGUGCUGGCAUUCCGAAUCUGAAGGACGGGUGUUUGUGACCGGAUGCACCGGGUUUCUGGGUGCCUUCUUUCUCUCUACUCUAACUAGUCACCCGCGGGUGAAGGAGAUCGCGUGCUUGGUGCGAGCGCCAGAUGCCGCAGCAGGCUUGGCACGUAUCAAGGAGAACCUGGAGCACUACGGACUGUCAUUGGACUCUGAAUCUAAAGUCAUCGUGGUACCUGGCGAUCUCACCGACUCGACACUGGGACUCGGGCAAGAGAAGUACGAACAUUUCGCUCAAUGGACCAGUGUUAUCUUCCACCUUGCCGCCCAAUGCAACUACAUGCCUUCAUACUCGGAGCUCCGCGGCGCCAAUAUCCAUGGGUUCUCGAAUAUUCUUCGGUUCGCCAACACGAAGCGCCUCAAGCCCGUACAUUAUACCUCCAGCAUUUCGGCCUGCGGAACAUCUGCAUACCUCGAGGGUAGGGAGCUUAUCGGCGAGAAUGAAAGACCCGUCCUCAACACUACGGGCUCCGAAAGAAAGCUUGUCGGUUACAGUGAGACCAAGAUCGUGGCCGAAAGCAUCGCCUGGGAUGCCAUCGCAAACGGCAUGCCAGUAACCAUCCAUCGCCUGCCAGUCAUAUCCGGCCAUAGCAAAACAGGCAUUGCCAACCCCACGGACGGUUUCCAACAUAUGAUGGUCAGCGCCAUUCGCGUUGGAUGCUACCCCUCUCCCCCGGCCGCCCGCUGUCAGAUGAUCCCAGUCGACUACGCCAGCUCAGCGAUCCUGGAAAUUGCGCUUAGCAGUCACCACAGCCAUGCAUAUAACCUUGUCCUCCCUGAUCAAACUCAUACCUUGACGUGGGAUGAGGUUUUAGACACGGUGGCACAUUGUUCUUCGCCCCCGUUGAGACGGGUAUCGGCUAUGGAGUGGGCAGAUAUUGUGGCAACGCAUGGUGAACACCAUUUCAAAGCUGCGUCGACGUACUUGCAGGAUAAAAUUCGGGAAUUGUUGGUGUACUGGGAGGCGGAGACAAUGACGAAGACUGUGUAUGAGAAUGCGAAUAGUCGGCGUGUUUUGCUUGCGUCGUCGGAUAUGCCGGAGUUGCCUUCUAUGCCGGAGCUGUUGAGUACGUACUUUAAAGUUUGGCAGAAGGAGGAGCAGAAGCAGCAUCGGUGA